GGGAAGGCGGCGUCUCCCGGAAGACAAGCUACGCAGAGCUGACGGCACUGAGAGCCAUUUCUGGAGGGGCCCGCUCCUGACGGGUUCCUGAGCCAGUCUUAACCUGGGCAAAGGAAAUGAGGAGCCGAGCCUGAUGCAUUGUGAUGGCCAUCUGCCCAGAAUUGGCCCAAACGGACGAAAGUGCUCUGGCAAACCUUUCUGAUGAGACUGAGACUUUGAAGAGCUUUACUGAUGAGGUACAGACUUCCAGUUCAUUCAGCUCCUCUGGAGGACGGCAGUCAUCGCCCCUGACCUCUGGGAGCAAACUGGAGAGGGAAAAGCAGACUCCAAGCUUGGAACAAGAAGACAAACAAUCUGAGCUUUUGGACUUCAAAAAUUAUGAAAAGAAGUUGAGUAAAAAAUGGAUCAACUACCUCAAGCGCAAAGACUCUGACUUUGAACGGCACCAACCAGACACCAAACUUCAAACAGAAAUCACUCAGGUAUCCGAUGAAGAAUUGAAUGCCCUGCAGUCUUAUUGCACCAUGAAGAUAAAUUUGAUUCAUCAUAGAGGGGAUUCUAAGAAGAAGACGAGUGGCAGACAUAAAAAGCUGUAUGUUGGAUUGGAUGCAGAGGCUGCAGAGAGAGAUGCCUUAAGUGGUACUGUACCCGAUGAACUUUUGAACAGAAUCUACUUUAAAAACAUGAGGACAACGCCAAAACAGGAGGCAGCAGCUAAGCAACACAUAUCUUCUCAGUGUCCCGAUUGUAACAGGAAAAGAGCACAGCUGGCCCUGUCUGCCUUUCUGAAACAAAAGAAGACUUUACUGGAGUCAUUUCUACUUCAAGAGAAAAUAGAUGAACAUCUUCAUACCAAAGACUUUCUUACCCGUAUUGGAGAAGCACAUCAAGACUUCCCCAGGCUUUCAGAUGACCCCAGAAUAAUCUGGAAAAGACUGACUGGGAAAAGUCAUAUCAGAUACUCUGGUUUUAAAAGAUCAGAUACAGAGCAGAAGAUGCAGCGAGAUGGAAAUAGUGCUUGUCAUUUACCCUUUGCCACUUCUCAAGCCACUUACUCUAACCAAACCAGAGCUGGUGAUUGUUAAUGAUAAUGUGUAAUGUGGAUAGAUGUCUUUGUUGUGUAAUUGAGUAAUUACCAUAAUUUCUACAGGCACUUGGGAAACUAACUUAAGACUUUACUAUGCUUCCUUCACAGAUUUGAGGAUUAAGAACUUUCACUUUUUUUUUUCUGAUUAUAGAAGGCACUGUUGUGGUUGGAAUAGUUACAAAAACUUUUACAAAAAUCCAAGAGAGCUAUGUUGGUAGUUUGGGCUAGGGUGUUGAUGGUACAGAAGCAAAGUAGUAUGGGGAUGUAAGAGAAACUUAAGAAGUAAUAACUGUCUUUGGCAAUCAAAUGGCUAUGGGGAAUUAAUAAAUAGAUAUUUGAAAUGUUA